AUGUUCGUCAUUGAAAAGUCAGGUAUGGAUCUUGUUCCGCUGGAGAAACUGUUUUUCAUAUCUUUGACCGUUCUCACUAAGGGUUUUAUAAUAUUUGGCGGUUCAUUAGCAUACGUAUUCCAAUACAAAGAAAUUUAUGAACGAGAAGAUGCCAGUGGAUUUUCACUGUUUGUCUGCUUGACGUUGCUCAUAGCGAAUAUACUUCGAAUUAUGUUUUGGUUUGGUAAGCGGUUUGAAUUAGCUCUUGUUGCUCAAAGCAUAGUAAUGUUAGUAUCAAUGAUAUUAAUGUUGGAAAUAUCGGUGCGAACAAAUCGAAAGCAUAUAUAUAAAACGCAACGUGUCUCUGCCUGGACUGGUCAAUUGAUAAGCCAUUUUUGGCAGUGGAAUGAUCUCUCCAGUUAUUUCACUCUAAUAAUUGCUUUCACUGUAUUUUCGUCUAUACUUACGUACUUACUGAGCGGGUAUAUGGUAUAUGUGGAAGUUCUUGGUCUAAUUGCUUUACUUUCCGAAGCAUGUCUGGGUUUCCCUCAGCUAAAGCAGAAUUGCUCAAGGCGCUCUACAUCGGGAAUGAGUAUUGGCAUGGUACUUGUGUGGAUGAUUGGAGAUUGCGGUAAAACAGUUUAUUUUAUCUAUGAAAGUAGUCCAGCACAAUUUUGGUUGUGUGGAAUAAUACAAAUCACAAUCGAUUUAUUAAUAAUGCUUCAAGUCUAUUGUUUUGGUAAGAGAGCAGCAAAAAGUCGGGUACAAUUGCCACAGAUUGAUGAUUGA